AUAGUUGUCAUUGUCAUCUUCCCCUUUUGCCAGGUUUAAAACUUUGAUACAGAAUUUAUAAAUAAGGCUAGAUUUAAACAAGACUUGCGUUUACAGAUUUUUAAAUACCAAUUUAAUACAGUUUAAAUGCGAACACUCAAUGGAAUCGAAUAAAGAAAUACGAGAAGUUUUUAAUCCUACUAAUUAUAAAUCUUUUACACAAUUAAUAGACAGUUUAGAAAAGUUCUUUCUACAUAAAAACAGUUUAAAUUUUUGUUCUUCAAAUUCAAUUGAUAUGGAUCAAAUUGACAAAGCUUACUUAGAUGAGAUUAAACAUAUUGAUGAUAAUGUCAACAUUUAUUUUGGUAAAACAUUAAAAGAACUCAAAUGCGUUAUAAUUGAUGAAAGUUUUCGAGAACAUGAGAUCUUUAUAACAUUUUCUGGUCCUAGAAAAUUUCAGAUAACUAAGGUAAAUUUACCACAUUUAUCUUAUCAAGAUGAAGAAUACAACAAUAUAAAUGAAAUAAUAGAUACAUUCAGGAAUCAUGUAAACAAUUUAAGUAAUUAUUUCUACGAAUUGGAACAAAUUGAUCAAUUUUGUUUUGUUAUGGAUCCACUACAUCCUUCUUAUAAAGACGAUUAUCGGAAAAUAGCUCUAGAUGAAAGAACUUGGCUCCAUAUAGAAGUAACUCCUGAUGGUGUAGCUAGAAAUAUUUAUCUAAUAGGCCAAUCUGAAUCUUGGAAUGAUAAGUUGCAAAAAGGUUUUUUAACAUGGGAUCAUGAUAAAAGUAUUGUUGACAAUAUCAUGUCUACAUUUGAUAUAUCUAGUUUUUCAAAUAAACAUCAGGUAAUUUUUUCGGAACCAGCAACCAUGUCGGAAAAACAACAUUGUGCAAUUUGUCUGUGUGAGGAGUUGCCACAGGAUCCAAGUGUGCCGCAGCCUCUCUGUCAAAAUAAUAACUGUGGUGUUUACUACCAUAGGAGCUGCUUAUAUGAGUGGCUCCUUGCUUCUGCUGGAGGUAGGCCACCAGCUUUCGGAGUGGCAACUGGUAGCUGUCCAACAUGCUCUCAUCCUAUAGCAUGUUCAUUACUUGAUAAAUAAAUUUGAUAUGUUUUA